UCGAUCCAACCAGUUGAUCGUAGUUGGUUGUCGUAAAUAGACGUGUUUCGUGUUGAGUGCGCUGAUUGGUGCAGAAUUUGUAAACAAAACCAUUUUGUUGGAGUGUUUGUGUUGGGUGCUCCAUGUAGUUGCAUCACACUACCCCAUCUACCGAAGGUGAAAGGAACACUCGUUCAGAACUAAGCCCAAUCAAUCCCUGCAAAGUGUUCAUUCAUAAGCACAGUUCUUGGAUGACGAAUCGUCAUCAGUAAAGACACGAAAGCUACAAUUAUGUAUCGCUGGCGAGGCAAGUCAGUGGUAAAUAUUUUGAUACUAUUGGUGAUAACCCUAUCGACGACGACAACGAGGGUAGUGCAAUGCCAGGAAUCGACGAAUGCCGAGCGGACCGAAACAGAAGCUGUGGAGGAUGAACCGUCCACACGGAGCAGUGGGGAAAAUUUUGUCGCCAUUCAUGUGGAUGCUGUCGGCGCGAAGGAGCAACUGAAACCAUCGCUGCGUGGAUUGUCCUAUAUUGCGAUAAGUUUUCUGCCGAAGGACUUCGAACUUCUCGAGGUGCUGUCGGCAACGCGUGAAGUUGUUGCGGGCGUUCGGUAUGAGUUGGUGCUGAAGGCACUGAACCACGAGCAACAGGAACUGAAUUGCACACUGACGGUGCUGGAGAAACCAUGGCUAACCACUGAGAGUGGCGAUAAGUACCGGGUGCUGGAGUAUUCAAACUGCAGUUCGGCGACCGGGGAAGACUCGACCGAUCGUGUCGAAGUUGUUGCCAAGCUUAAUCCCGCUUUUGAUCCCGCUCUGAGGGCUCAGCAGGAGAUGAGUCCUUCGCGCUUUCGGGAAUUGGUUCAGCAGAUCAUAAUAGAGAAACAUGAAGUGCGUGAGAUAACAACCACGCCGAUCGGAGACUUGACGAGUACAAGCACAACCGAGCCAUCGAAUGCACCGGAUUUAAGUCAGUCGUCGAAAGACGCUUUGGAUCAGUUGUUUUUGUUUGGUAGUGAGGCUCAACAGCAGCGCAGGGUGCAGAGCAGCGAUGCCGACGAACGUCGGCAUGAGGUUGCCGAGGAAAUAAUCGUUCCGAAGCGAGUUGAAAAACCAAAAGCCGAAGUAGUAACGCCUACUGAACCCCCCGUGCAACCUACCACCAUCAGUCUCGAUCAACAGGUGCAAUCUACAUUCGAGGAAGUUUUCAAAACACACCAGGAGAUUCAGAAGGCACUGGAUGAGGUCAUCCAAGGGGGCGGUGGUCGUGUUACUCAAAUGAAGUACGAACCAGUGUUUGCCUCCCUGUUGCAGAAGGUCAAAACAAGUAUCGAUAACUACUACCGCACUAUCAACCCGAAUGGAGGGGAUGCAAACGUCGAUACGGCAGCCUUCGUAGUUCGUGAUAACAUUGCUCAAUCCAGCGCUGUUGAACCAUCUAAGCCAUCCUCGGAGAGCGAAGAAGACGAUCAACAGCAGCAGAUAGUUCAACCGGUGUUCGGUAGAUUGCCCUCGCCGCGAACGGAAGCUCCUAUUCGUAGACUGGUACCACCGAAAAUUGAUGCCGUGGUGAUGCGCUUCAGUGACGAGAGUGAUGAACAGCAGCAACAGGAAGGAGUUCAACGCGUUCUACCAACUCGGGAUGAGCUAGUUAGGGAUUUCAACGCGGACGAAUCGCAGCAACGCAACAAACGGGCACCUCUUUCGAGCCUCCAUGAGGAGUACGCUCAACAACGCAGGAAACGGUUUGUGGAAUUCGAUUUGGACAGGGAAGAUCAGGCGGAGUUGGAUCGCAUGGAGAAGAUUAUAGCGGAGGCAGUCGAGGUGUUGGAUGACAUGGAUACGGAUCCGUUCAAGCGCAUCCUGUUGGAGAUCGAUAGUGUGAAACGGAUUAAUCAAUUUGGCGGUGCCGCCGAUCCGGGCGGGAAUCUGUUCGUGGCACGUGUCGUGAUCGCAAACUCGCACUGCAUUGAGGAAGUGGAAGACGUGGUGGGGUGCAAGCAGCAGCUGAUUGAUGGAAGCAGCAAAUUUUGCACACUUGAGAUUCGCGCUAAGGAUGGCGAUGUUCGUCUGCUGAAGUCGGAGUGCAGCGGAAAGAAGGCGUACUCAGAAUAUCCGGAGAAGAAGCUGAAUGUGGCGGAGGCUCAGCACCGGGACCGACUGCAGAAUGCUUUGGCGGAAUGGCACGAUGGCAAGUUGAAGUCCGUGAAAUAUGUUUUACGCUCCGGAACGUAUCAAGCGAAACCAACCAUCGUUUUCCGCUAUGUGAUUGAUCUGUUGGACGAAAACAAUCACGCCAGUGACACUUGCAAGGUUAAGAUCUCCCAUGGUACCGAUCUGAAGCCCGAUUAUGGUUUCCAUUGUCAAAAGUUGAAGCCCUCCCGUUCCCGGCGGGAUGUGCUGGAGAGGAAGAAGCUCGGCAAGGUGCGCAAGACGGGAGCGCCAGCGGAACUAACACCGGAAGAGUACGGCAAAGCGGAACACGCCGACCGGAUUCGGAAUAUUCUGCUCACCAGCUCGGGUGGUGGUGGCAGCUCGGAACGCAAGUACCGAAUCGUAGGCGCCACCCAGCAGCUGGUGGCUGGCCAUCUCUACACCUACAAGCUGAUCUUUAACGACGAUCCGGACAAACGUGUCUGCAAGUUGACAGCCCAUGAACAACCCUGGCUGAAGGAAAAAUCUCCCGAAGAUGCUGUUAAAGUGUCCUUCUCGUGUCCUGAUCUGUCUGUCAAAGGCCGCACUCGCCGUUCGAUCUGCGCAGGAUGUCCCUCGGGUUUAUCACCCGAGGAGCUGGAUAAGUCAGAGCACACGGAGAGAAUUAACAAAAUUUUGACUGGAACAGGCGGAGUGACACAAAACAAACCGGAAAUCAUAAACGGUACCAGCCAGGUGGUAGCAGGCAUCAAGUACAUCUACUUCAUUGGCUACAACGUUGAGAAUGUCCGUAGAGUCUGUGAACUCACGGCAUGGGAGCGACCUUGGCUGGAGGAAUCAGAUCCGAACAAUGCCUACAUUUACAGCUCAAGAUGCGACGGGCAAGAUGAGGGCAAUGCUUUCAGGCGAACAAAACGAGCUCUCGGCGAGGCACGUGUACUGACUCGAGAGCAGCUACAACAGGACGAACAUCUGAAACGUAUCAACGCAAUUCUCGUAUCUUCCGGAGGGGCUAAGCAAGAUAAACCUAAAAUCAUCAACGGUACCGUCGCUACGGUUGCUGGCCAGAGCUUCACAUAUUACAUCUCCUACCCGGUUAAUGGUGAGGAACGGAUUUGCUAUCUGAACGCGUGGGAGAGGCCAUGGUUGGAGAAGAAGGAUCCGUCUGAGGCUUACAAAUACUCGUUCCGAUGUGACGGUUCUGACGAAGCAUCACUGAAGCGUUCUCGUCGCCACGCUAAGAAAUUCGGUGGCUCGAACGAACUGUCCCCUGAUGAUCUGAAGGACAAAAGCCACGUUGAACGUAUAAAGACCGGCCUGGUGGCUUACAACGCGGAAAAAUCGAAAUCAUACCAGGACUUCGAAAUCAUCAAAGGUUCCGUACAGCUGGUCGCCGGUUCGCUGUACAAGUACACCUUCAAAACUAAAGAUGACCCGCAGGUGGUGUGUAAAAUCUCCGUCUGGGAGCGGGUUUGGCUCGAUACGCAGGAUCAGCGCAAGUACAACGUCAAGUGCGACGGGGAUGAAGAGACCGAACAAGAGCAGCAGCAACAACAGCUGGGCACUUCGAAACGAUCGGCCCGAUCUGCUCGUCCUCACCAAAGCCGCUUCGAGGAGUUUCACUCCAAAGGAGACGAUCACGCGCGCCAUCUGUUCGAGAAGUUCAAGUUGAAACACAAUCGCACCUAUCAGAGCACUCUGGAGCACGAGAUGAGAUUCAGAAUAUUCAAGAACAAUUUGUUCAAAAUUGAACAGUUGACGAAAUACGAACAGGGAACCGCCAAGUAUGGCAUCACACACUUUGCUGAUAUGACGACCACGGAGUAUAGGCACCGGACGGGGUUGGUGGUUCGCAGGGAAGAGGACCUGAAUCACAUUCCAAAUCCUAUAGCAAAGAUUGAUGAACAUAUGGAAAUCCCGGAGGCGUUCGAUUGGAGGGAUCUCGGUGCUGUUUCGCCGGUGAAAAACCAAGGCAGCUGCGGCUCCUGCUGGGCAUUCAGCGUCGUCGGUAACAUCGAGGGUCUUCAUCAAAUCAAAACAAAGAAGUUGGAGGAAUACUCCGAACAGGAACUGCUCGACUGCGAUACGGUGGACAAAGCUUGUCAGGGUGGCGAAAUGGAUGAUGCUUACAAGGCUAUCGAGCGAAUCGGUGGCCUGGAGUUGGAAAAUGACUACCCGUAUCUGGCGAAGAAGCAAAAGACAUGUCAUUUCAACAACACUUUAGCUCACGUUCGGGUCAAGGGUGCCGUAGAUCUUCCCAAGAACGAGAUAGCGAUUGCCAAGUUUCUGGUCGCCAACGGACCGGUUUCGAUUGGGUUGAACGCGAACGCCAUGCAGUUCUAUCGCGGUGGUAUUUCUCAUCCGUGGCGUGUCUUGUGCAGCAAGAAGAGUCUCGACCAUGGCGUUCUGAUCGUGGGUUACGGCGUUAAGCAGUAUCCGAUGUUCAACAAAACCUUACCGUAUUGGAUCGUGAAGAACUCGUGGGGACCGAAGUGGGGCGAGCAGGGUUACUAUCGGGUGUACCGGGGCGACAAUACCUGUGGGGUCAGCGAGAUGGCAACUUCGGCCGUGCUUGAGUAAUGGUAAAUAUUCUCAAAUUGUCCAAAAACGUAUAAGAUUUUUCGAAAGCAAUAUGAAUAUUAUUUUAUCGUAUUCCGGUUUUUAGCUAACGCUGCGUAAAGAUGUUUUAGUUAUAAUAGAACCAUAGACAUUUAACCUCUCUAAUACAGAUUACUGAAUACAUGAAAUAACAAAGAUUUA